AUGACGACUAUAUUUAACCCUUCCAAACCAGACCAGGCACCACACAAAUUUCAAUUUGACCAUAGCUAUUGGUCAAAUAGUGGUUUUAAAACAGCACCAAAUGGAUACCUGUCACCAGAUCCAACAAAUUCCAGCGGCAAGGAUUUUUGCGAUCAGAAGAAAAUUUUUAAUGAUCUCGGUGCUGGUAUUGUUAAAAAUGCCUGGGGAGGGUAUAACUCAUCUUUGUUUGCGUACGGCCAGACGGGUUCUGGAAAAAGCUUUUCUGUCGUUGGAUACGGUGUUAAUGAAGGAAUUGUGCCGCAGUUUUGUCAAACGUUAUUCAAGGAAAUUGAAGAGAAGAAAGUGGAAGCGGCUAACAAAACGGAAUAUCAUGUGACCUGCAGUAUGUUAGAAAUCUACAAUGAGAAGGUAACCGACUUACUCGAUCUUAAAAGCAAGAAAGCAACCCACUUGAAAAUACGUAAACACCCAGAGCGAGGGUUUUAUGUUGAAGGUCUGUCGAGCAUUCCAGCACCAAAUUACAAGAAGAUUGAGCAGCUUAUGCAGUCAGGAAUAACUAACAGAACAAUCGCUUCGACCAAUAUGAACGCCACUAGCAGUCGAGCCCACACCAUAUUCGGUAUCAACUUCAGCCAAAAGUUCAAGAAUGAACAAGGACAACUCACAGAAAAAACUGCAGUUGUUAACAUCGUUGAUUUAGCAGGAAGUGAACGGGUCAGCAAAACUGGAUCUUCUGGAGACCGAUUUAAAGAAGGAACAAUGAUUAACAAAUCGCUCUUAAAUUUGGGAGAAUGCAUUGCAGCUUUGGCUAAAAAUUAUUCCAGUGGAAGCAAAAGCCACAUUCCAUUCAGAAACUCUGUUCUCACGCAGUUGUUGCAAAGCGCUCUGGGAGGAAACAGCAAAACAAUUAUGAUUGCAGCUAUCAGUCCUGCAGAUUGUAAUUACGAAGAAUCCUUGUCAACCCUAAGAUAUGCCGAUCGAGCAAAACAAAUAAAAACCACAGCGAAAGUGAAUGAAAAUGAUACGGCGUCUCUGAUCCGUCAGUUACGAGAAGAAAAUGAAAAAUACAAGAAACAAAUGGAGAAAGAAGGUCAAGCGGCCUCACAAGAGCAGCUUGAAGAAUAUAUGAGCCUCUUGAAAGAAAAUCAAAGAAAGAUGGCCGAAAUGGAGAAGUCAUAUGAAGAACGACUCAAAGAAGCAGACGACAGGGCAAAUAAGAUUGCUAACUCGAUGGUUGAAAUUGAAAACAAUAAGAAGAAUUUACCUCACAUAUACAAUCUGAAUAUGGACCCACAACUUACAGGGCACAUUUUCUACUUUUUUGAAUCGACUCCCAUUGUGGUCGGUAAAGCUGAAAAUGACGCCGACGGUAGCAUUCAAUUAAAGGGACCCAGUAUUAUGGAAAAACACGCUAUUAUUGAUAAAGUUAAUGAGACUGUCACGUUAACGCCGGCGGCUGAUAAUGCUCGUAUACUAUUGAACGGUAAUCAAGUGACACAAACUGUGAAUCUCCAUCACAAUGACAGGCUUUUGUUCGGAACGACACAAUAUUUUGUGUAUGUCAACCCGAACGAAAGAGAGAGAUCCGGGCAAUCGUACCCUGCAGUGUCUUUUGAAAUGGCGCAAGAAGAAAUUGGAAAACAAUCUGGGUUCGGUGAGAUUGGCUCAGAUGAUACGCUCUUAAGAGAAGAUUUAUUGGAAAUCUUGCCUGCCGUUGACGAGGUGAAUGCGAUAAGUGAAGAACUGCAUAGCAAGAAAAAGUUUUCCAUAAAGAUCUUGCACCCGAUGUCCUGCGGGGAUUUGGAUAACCAAAGCCAAGUACAUGUGAGAGUUCUUGACCUAGAAAGCGGGGUUCAAUGGUUCUGGAACCGUCAGAAAUUUUUCAAUCGAAAAUAUAUCAUGCAAGAAAUUUACCAAAAUUUUGUUAAUGGAGAAGACUGGAAAGUUCCUCAGGAACAAGAUCCCUUUUAUGACGAUCCGGAGGCGCCAUUUUUGAUUGGUACAGCAUCAGUUUAUUUGGGAGCUCUUGCAUUUAAUAUGCAGUGUCCGUAUCAAACUGACAUUGUGGAUUAUGAUAUCAAAAAAACUGGUAUUCUUGACGCGGAACUAUUGUCUUGUAAUUCAGACGGAAACGAAUAUCAGACAGAUGAUAACUACUGUAUGGAACCUGAAGAAAUGGUCGGUAAAAGUUUAUAUUUCAAAAUUAAGAUCAUCAGAGCUCAAGGAUUACCAAAUAAAUUUACAGAGAUGUUUGCUAAGUUCCAGCUACUUUUGGAAAAGGAGAGUAACCAGACACACAGCAUAGCAAAUACUAUCAACCCAGAAUGGAACUACGUCGCCAUGUUUUCUUAUCCGGUGGUAACGAAACAGCUUGUUGACUAUUUGAAAGACCAGUGCCUUUUCGUCCAAAUUUGGGGUUCUCAUAAACUUGCUCAAAAUAAACUCGCGGUUAUCAACAAAAGCGAUAAGAAGACAGAAGCAAAUUCAGCAAAUUCAGAAAACUCGGGUUUAAAUCUUAAGCAAGCGAAGCUCAUGUUGGAGUUGAAUAUCAUGAACCGGAAGCAAGAAAAAUUGAAGGCACAACUGGAUGCAUUAAGAAGAAUGAUAGAAACGGCUGAAGGACUCUCCAAGAAAAAGCUGUCCGUGGCACUUAUAAGGAAGAUCUAUGAAUCAUCGAAUUCCGAACAGAUCGAAUCAACUCUUGAACUAAUAAAAGAAGAGAAAGAUGACAGUGACGAUGAAGAUGAACCACGGAACAUACCCACUAAAUCUCCACCUGUCUCUUCUAAUAAAAACAUUCCAACAGUAGAAAGUAAACAAGUUCAAUCGAUCGAAACGAUUCCAACACUUCCAAAGACUCCUGUCAAAGCAGCAAAACCAACUGAAACAAUUUCAGCACCUACAAAGCCUUUAGUCGUACCAGAAAAACCGACAAAAGCAAUUUCAACACCUUUAAAGCCUGCUGUCGUAGCGCAAAAACCAGAUGAAGCAAUUUCAGAACCUUCAAAGGCUUUAUUCACAUCUAAGUUUAUUCAUAUCUAUCUAUCAAUCUAUCAACCGAGAAAUGAUUUCAUUCUGUUCUUUUCAUUCUUUCUUUUUUCUAUCUAUCUAUCUAUCUAUCUAUCUCAGUCUAUUCAUAUCUAUCUAUUUAUCUAUCUAUCUAUCUCUCUAUCUAUCUUAGUCUAUUCAUAUCUAUCUAUCUAUCUAUCUAUCUAUCUAUCUAUCUAUCUAUCUAUCUAUCUUAGUCUAUUCAUAUCUAUCUAUCUAUCUAUCUAUCUAUCUAUCUAUCUAUCUAUCUAUCUAUCUAUCUAUCUAUCUUAUCUAUUCAUAUCUAUCUAUCUAUCUAUCUAUCUAUCUAUCUAUCUAUCUAUCUAUCUAUCUAUCUAA